AUGGCGUCUCUACUCGCUGUUCGCAGAUCUCGAGCCUCCAUUUUCACUUAUCCUGUCAAGAGACCCCCACAACAACCGUCCGACCCAACUAGGGUUUUUCCGCAAGAUCAGAGAGACAAUAGUAACCAGUGGGUCUCACAAGACCAGAGCUAUGGAAACCAUAAUCAGUGGAAUAGUCGCCAAGAUCAGAAGAACUUUUCUAAUCGGAUGAACAUGAACUAUUCUCAACCUCAGAGCCCGAAUCAGGUGAAUUAUUCUAAUCUCGGUCCAGGUCAGGGAUAUACCCAAAGGGGAGACCCUAAUUUUCCAAAUCAGCACUAUGUUCAACGUCCAAACCCUAAUCAAACUCCGAAUUGUCCGCCACCUGGAAAUGUUGAUCAGUGGAAUAGUCGAAAUCAGGGGUACCCACAACCUGAAAACCCUAAUUUCAAACAGUUUGAAGUAAAUGCAAAUGUUAAUCAGGGGUACCCUCGAAGUGGAAACCCUAAUUUGGGUCAGAAUUAUCAGCAACAGGGAGGGUUUCAGAAUCAGGGUUUCUCUCAAACCCCUAAUCAGAGUCAGAGUUAUCCACAACGUGGACAGUGGAAUAAUCAGAAUCAGGGUUUUCCUCCACGUAUUGAUCCUAGUCAGGGGAGCCCACAAGAUCAGAAUGCUCAGAGGGUCAACACGAACAAUCAGACCCUGAAUCAAGGACAGAUUGUUGAUAAUCAAUCCACAAGUGGCCCGCCUGCUAAUGUUGAUUUAAUGGGUUUGUGUAAAGACGGUAAGGUUAAGGAAGUUAUUGAAUUGAUGGAUCAGGGAGUACGCGCUGCUGCUCAGUGUUUUGGUGUGCUAUUUGAGUUGUGUGGGAAUUUGAAGAAACUUGAGGAUGCAAAAAAAGUGCAUGAUUACUUUUUGCAAUCAACUUUUAGGAGUGAUCUUCAGUUGAUCAAUAAGGUAAUCAACAUGUACUCGAAGUGUGGGAGUAUGAUAGAUGCACGGAGGGUUUUUGAUCACAUGCCAGAUAGGAACAUAGAUUCUUGGCAUUUGAUGAUAUAUGGGUACGCAGAGAAUGCAUCAGGUGAUGAUGGGUUGGCAUUGUAUGAAAAAAUGAGGAGCCUGGGGUUGCAGCCUACCAAGGAAACUUUUCUUACUGUUUUAUCGGCUUGUGCUAGUGUUGAUGCUGUGGAAGAGGGUUUUAUACAUUUUGAGUCAAUGAAGACGGAGUAUGGAGUUGAUCCUGGGAUGGAGCAUUAUUUGGGGCUUCUUUCUGUUCUUGGAAAACCUGGGCAUCUUGCUGAGGCUGAGGAGUUCAUUGAGAAUUUACCGUUUGAACCAACAGCGGAAAUUUGGGAGGCAUUGAUGAAUUAUGCUCGAAUUCAUGGAGAUAUUGACCUUGAAGACCGGGCUGAGGAGUUGAUGAUUGGUCUUAACCCCUCGAAGGCUGUUGCUAAUAAGAUCCCCACACCGCCACCCAAGAAGCAAUCUGCAAUUAAUAUGCUUGAGGGUAAAAACAGAUUAGGAGAGCUUCGAAAUCCAACCCUCUAUAAGGAUGAUGAGAAGUUGAAGGCUGCGAUGAAAGAGCAAGGUUAUGUGCCCGACACCAGAUAUGUUCUUCAUGACAUUGAUCAGGAGGCCAAGGAGCAGGCCUUACUCUAUCACAGUGAACGUUUGGCAAUUGCAUAUGGUCUGAUCAGUACUCCAGCAAGGACGCCUCUAAGGAUCAUCAAGAACCUCCGUGUCUGUGGUGACUGUCACAAUGCCAUCAAGAUAAUGUCCAGGAUUGUGGGGCGUGAAUUAAUAGUUAGAGACAACAAAAGGUUUCACCAUUUCAAGGAUGGUAAAUGCUCUUGUGGCGAUUACUGGUGA